AUGGAUCUGUACCAGAAACUCAAGAGCUCUCUGGAUGAGAUUGCGUUACACGGCCCGGAGCUGCUGCGUCACUUGGAUACGGAGUCGCACAACGGCGCAUCAGGCCAAACUACAUUGGCCAGUUUGCUAGAAGAUACUUCGAGGUCUUCGAUUCAGUACCCGCGGAAAAAGCUUAUUGAGUCGGCCACUAAGUUGCUCCAACUUGCCACCACCGCGGAUGGAUACCUCGAGCAUUUAGCUAAUAGCUAUCAAGAGUUGACCUGCGUACGCUGGCUCGUAGAUCUCAAUGUUCUGCAUCAUCUUCCUGCCACCGGGUCUAUCGCCUAUACCACCUUGGCAGCCGACGCCGGCGUCCCUGUGAAGCAUCUCAAAGGUGUUGCACGCAUGGCCGUGGUCAACGGCUUCCUCGAGGAGCCUCUUCCCGGCCACGUAGCUCAUAGCCGCGCGUCAUCUCUCCUCCUGCGGGAUGACAACUUCAUGAGCUGGGCACGCUGGAUGAUGAACUACUCCAUGCCGGUGGCUUAUCGAUUCGCCGACGCCACUCGCCGAUGGGGUGAUACCGACGCCAAAGACCAGACGGCUUUCAACCUGGCCCUUGACACCCCGGACCCGUUUUUCGACCACAUCCGCAAGAACGCGGAGCUGACCUCGGUGUUUUCCGACUACAUGCGCAACGUUACCGCUUCCCGGUCAUGGAGCUUGGCCCACGCCGUUGAAAGCUUUGACUGGGACUCUCUCCCUGAUGGCGCCAAGGUUGUUGACGUGGGGGGAUCUCACGGCCAACUUGCCGCGCAGGUCGCGACUAAGUUCCCGCGCCUUAGGUUUGUCGUCCAGGACUUGCCGGAAACCGUUGCAGCUGCCCAGAAGGCCUUUGAGGCAGACGACAAGCUCGGCGCCGCGGUCAAGUCGCGGAUCCAGUUCAUGUCACACGACUUCUUCAAGGCCCAGCCUGUGGUCGAUGCAGAUGUUUACUUCCUUCGAAUGAUCAUCCAUGAUUGGCCGGAUAGAGAUGCCCGCAUCAUUCUUCAGCAACUUCGCGAAGUGCUGGAGAAGCGGCCCAAUGCCCGCGUGGUGAUCAUGGACACACUGCUUCCUCCGCCAGGCUCAACAACAGUCCUCCAUGAACAGCAGCUGAGAGUACGAGAUCUCAUGAUGAUGCAAGUCUUCAACGCCAGAGAACGCGAGCUUGAUGACUGGAAAGUUCUGCUCAGUGAAGUCGGCAUGCAGAUCACGCAUCUGGAGCAGCCCGAAGAUAGCGUGAUGGGGCUGUUGACAGUUCAGCUGAAGCCUACCACAAACGGCAAUCACGUCAAAGAGUCAGCGUCCGAUCUGUGGAACGGUUGCACACCCAAAAGCCCGAUCACACCCACCAGUGCGGAUCAGCCCGUCCUCAUCGUUGGGGCAGGGAUAAGCGGCCUGUGCUUGGCCCAAGCAUUGAGGAAAAGCCAAAUCCCCUUCCGGGUUUACGAGCGAGAUCCAGCUGUCGACGCGCGCUCGCAGGGAUACCGCUUGAAGCUCCAGGGUGAUGCUGCUGAAGCGCUCUCCGACAUUCUGCCCAAGGACGUGUACGAGAUGUUCCAAACCUCGUGCGCUACUCUAUCCAUCGGGGAAACAGACUUGGACCCCUUCACGGGCAUGGUCAUCAAAAGCCGGUCUGGCGGAGGCUUGAGUGGCAAGAUCGGCCUCAACCCACACUACUGCGUCGACAGAUCGUCAUUCCGGAAGAUUCUAAUGACCGACAUUGAAGAGCACAUCUUCUUUGGGAAAGAGCUUGAUUCAUACAAGACGGAUACUGAGCAUGGCGUGGUCACAGCGAGUUUCAAAGACGGCCAUACAGUCAAAGGCCGAUUCAUCGUGGGCGCUGAUGGCUUACACUCGGUGAUCCGCCGUAAUCACAUCCCGAAGUCUCUGCUCAAGGACACUGGGGCUGCGUGCAUCUAUGGGAAGACACCUCUGACCCCUGAGGUACUUGCCAAGUUUCCGGAGAAAGGAGUUAGGUGGAUGACAGUUGUCUCCGACCACGCACCCAUGCUCCAGUCCUGCUUCAUCGGGGACUCUCCGGUCACCCUCCUGUUAGAGCCUAUUCGGUUCAGCAAGGCCAGCCGCUCGCAACAUUCCUUGCCAGAAGAUUAUCUCUACUGGGCGCUGAUCGGUCCUGAGCCCCGCUUUCGAUUUCCCGAUGGCACCUCGGCGUCCAAAGUCGGAGGGCUGACAUCAGGACAAGUCCAAAACGAUGCUGCCAACCUUAGCUUGGCCAUUACGGAAGAGUGGCACCCUUCCAUCCGCUGUGUGUUCGAACUCCAGGACACGCGGCAGGCAACACUCAUACGUGUCGUGUCGUCGGUCCCAGACGUUCCCGCAUGGCAGCCAUCCUCCAUGGUGACAGUACUUGGUGAUGCAGUUCAUCCCAUGAGCCCCUGUGGUGGUAUUGGGGCUCAGACCGCAAUUUGCGAUGCUGCCAGUCUAGCUAAGAUUCUCACUGCCACUCAGGGAUCACCUUCCUCGCAAGCUGUGGGAGUAUUUGAGGAAAGCAUGCGCAAUCGAGCUCAUCGAAGCAUCAAGCAUAGCGAAGUAGGUUCACAGAAAAUGUUUGGUCUGCGGUCUUUGGUAGACUGCAAGCCCUGGACGGGCGCAGCCCAAAAGGACGAGCUCUUUGAGCUUGUAUCGUCGAUUCAUUCCUCGGCGGCGGACAUAGCGAAGUUCUGCGAAAAGCGUCGGCUCCCACAACCAUCCUCUUCGGCUCCCGCGACUAACCUUGACCUGACUCUUGAGAACGCGCCCUACUUCGACGCAAAGGCCGCCAUCGUUGACUCCGCGGAGCAGCUCAUUCGGCUUAUCCGGGGUCCAAGGGAGCAGUUGCUGGCAUUGAGUUUCGAACACUGUGCCACGGCCUCCUUUCAGGUCAUCCUGAAGUACAAGUUCGCCAACCACGUCCCGCUCAAGGGGACAAUCACAUAUGCGGCGAUCUCCCAAGCUGUAGGCAAGCCUGAGAUUCAGCCCGCGCUUGUUGCGCGUAUUCUCGAGCAUGCCACAUCUUAUGGCUUGUUCAAUGUUCGACCCGAUGGGCUGGUAGCGCACAACCCCACAUCUGCGCUUUUGGUCACCGAUCCUGAUCUAGAGGCUUGGAUGGAUCUGAGCGCAACUAUCGCGUAUCCCGCGGGCGCUUCCAUCCCAAAGGCUCUUGAGCAGUACGGUUACAGCAUGGAGGCCGAUGAGGCUCCUUACGGGGUGUCCAUCGGUCGCAAAAUCUCCCAAUUCCAAAGAUUCCGCGAGGGCGACGGAACUCAAUUGCAUGAGAUGUUCGCCCGUGCGAUGCGCGGGAUUGCCGCGGGGGGUGCCUACGAUUUUCGCCAUGCGGUGAACGGCGGGUAUCCCUGGCACACGCUGGAUCAGUCCGGGCAUCUCAUCGUUGACGUCGGUGGUGGCCCAGGCCAUGUGUCAAUCGCGCUGGCCGAGAAGUACCCCAAGCUUCGUUUCGAGGUGCAGGACUUGCCGGAGACUGUAGCCGUUGGCGAAAAGUCCUGCCCAGACGCUCUCAAGUCCCGCAUCAUGUUCCGGCCCCACGACUUCAUGACGCCGCAGCCGCCUCAUGAUGUGGCUGACAACGAGGGUAUUGCCUAUUUCUGUCGCUUCAUCCUCCAUGACUGGAGCGACAAGUAUGCGCGGAACAUCUUGCAGGGCCUUGCAUCUGCUCUGCGGCCACAAGACCGGAUCAUCGUCAACGAGGUUGUGGUUCCAGACCCAGGAACGGAAAGCCGCGAAAGAGAACGCCGGAUGCAUGACCGUGAUAUGUUGAUGCUCAUGAAUUUGAACGGCCGUGAAAGAACAAGAGCAGCAUUCGAAGACUUGUGCAGUUCUGUGACGCCCAGGUUGCGAGUGCAUAAGAUUCAUCGUCCAAACCAAGGCGAGCUCUCACUCAUUGAGAUCACACGGUCUGAUUCUUCCUUGUAA